CUUACAUACAGAAGUCAUCGCUUGAAAUUUCGCAAAGCUAAAAGAUUUGGUAUUUUUAAAGGCUCAGUCUUUUCAUCGCACUAUUCUCUUCAAUUUCACGAACUUUAAACUGAUAUCUGACUUCGCUAGCCAAUAAAAUCUAGCUAUCACAUAUUUACAGAUCAUGGCAUCCGAAACAGAUAAUUCAGCAACUAUCGCGAGCCUUCGCGAAUCUCUCUGCUCCGAAGCUACCCCACUACCCAUCCGAUUCCGCGCCCUAUUCUCCCUCAAACAUUUAGCACGACACGAGACAGGCGACAGAGCCCUCGCCGCCUUAGAUGCUAUCGCCGCUGGUUUCGCCUCCCCAUCUGCGCUUCUUAAACAUGAGCUGGCUUACUGCCUAGGUCAGUCGGCUAACCUAGCUGCUGUUCCCUACCUCGAGAAAGUCUUGGCAGAUUUGCAAGAAGAUCCAAUGUGCCGACAUGAAGCGGCGGAGGCUCUAGGCGCUCUAGGCGAUGCUGGAAACUUGGAUAUCUUGCGCAAGUUCCGCGAUCGCGAGGGCGAAGAUGUGGUUAUCAUUGAGACUUGCGAGAUUGCUAUUGACAGAAUCGAGUGGGAAAACUCGGAACAACGGAAAGCUGAAAAGCUACGCCAAAGCGAUUUCGCCUCGGUCGACCCCGCUCCUCCGAUGCCUAACUCCGAGCAGACGGUCCAAGACUUGGAAAAGACUUUGAUGGACACGAAUCUACCCCUCUUCCUUAGAUACCGAGCCAUGUUUGCGCUUCGCGAUCUUGCAUCGCCGCCGGACCUCCCAACCGCCGUGCCUGCCGUCCUUGCCUUAGCUAAGGGUUUCGCCGACUCCUCGGCCUUAUUUCGCCACGAGAUUGCUUUUGUCUUCGGCCAACUCUCUCAUCCAGCCUCAAUCCCAGCUCUCACCUCCGCUCUAAGCGAUCUCAAGGAGGCUAGUAUGGUUCGACAUGAAGCGGCAGAGGCACUUGGAAGUCUUGGUGAAGAGGAGGGUGUCGAGGAAGUCUUGAAGAAAUUUCUUCAUGAUGAAGAGAAGGUUGUGCGCGAGAGCGUCGUCGUUGCUCUAGACAUGGUUGAUUAUGAACAAUCAAACCAAGCUGAGUAUGCGCUUAUUCCAGAAGCUCCAAAGGCAGUGGCAUAGGAUAGGUAGGAUUGGCGUUAUAUGGGGGGUUGGCUGAAGGAUACCAAAAAAGAACGCGCAUGCGCAUGGCUUUAUUUUACACGACUUGCGUUUGAGUUUAUGGCAACUACUCGAGAAAUUUACAGGGUGCUCUCUAUUAGAAAAAUCUCAAUUGUUUGUGUUCCAUUUAUGACCACAUUCGCAAGUGAAAAAGAUUGUACUGCCUUCAUCAGCACCGCGUAGCUGCACUGCUGUAUAUCUAACUUCAGUGCGCCCGCAUUUCUCACACGUCUCGUUUAUGACAGCUUCUGUCUGGACAUCGUGUCGCUUUACUGAUUGUACAAUUGAGAGUUUCUGUCGAAGCAAGGAGGGGAAGUCCGAGGGUUUGCUCUCUGUCACAGUCGUCUUCGCUGCCGUAUCUUGAUUCUCAGCACCACAGCAAUCGCAAUUGAGAAUAUUUUUUUCGUUUCCUUUGGAUACAGGGAGUAGGUUCCCGCAGUCGGUACAAAAGAUCAAGGAGCCUAUAGCUGCCAUUGUCGUGAUGGAAGCUUGCUGUUCUGGAGAAGAUUUUU